AUGACGACCGCAACGUUCCAAUACAUCGAUCCAGCCUCAUUCGACCCUAAGGCCACUGAGCCCUUCAAGAAGCCGUGGGGCAAGGUCGACGGCCCGGGCUACUCUUACAAGCUCCUAUCUCGAGAGCGCCCAGUCACAAACAUCCGAGGUCAUGAGUCUGAGUUUUCGAUAGACAAUGCUGGCUUUGCCGUUUACGACGAACCCGCCAAGGAGACCGCGUUCACAGAUGACGCCGAAGUGAAAUCAGGAUACUACGCCGAAGUGGAAGAGCUACUUCGCAAGAAAUUACCUGGCGUCAAAAAAGUCGUUAUCUUCGAUCACACAAUCAGACGCAGGAUCCCUGGAGCCGCUCGCAGUCCGGUCCAGCUGGUUCAUGUGGACCAAACGCCUGGCGCCGCAGAAGUGCGAGUAAGACGCCAUUUGCCGGAACAUGAAGUGGAAGAGCUCUUGAAAGGUCGAUACCAGAUUAUCAACGUUUGGCGACCGAUUCAGAACCCCGCAACAGAUUUUCCUCUCGCUGUCAUCGACUGGCGCAGCACAGAUCCGGUCGACUACGUGAAGGUUGAUCUGCUGUAUCCCAAAGGAGCUGAGGAACUUGGACGAGACGUGGCACCUGACCCAGCGUCUACAUUGUCUACAGAGGGAUAUGAAGUCAAGGGGGAGACAUAUAACGUGGCUCCCAAUGAUAAGCAUCGUUUCUACUACGCUAAAGAUAUGACGCCCGAUGAGGUGAUGCUGAUCAAGUGUUUUGACUCAAGAAGCCACACUAUGACCAAUGGCCAGACGGAUAUUGCGCAUGCCACGUGUCAUACUGCUUUUGUUGAUCCACAGACUCCGGAGGGAACUCCCGGGAGACAAAGCAUUGAAGUCAGAUGUCUGGUCUUUUACGAGUAG